GUAUCAGGAUGGAUGUAGGAAAGUGGCCGAUAUUUACAUUGCUUUCACCUCAAGAAAUAGCAACUAUCUGGAAAGCAUGUGUGUUUGGAACUUCUGCCAAUGAAGCUAUAUACAUAACUCACAAUGAUGAGGUUUUUGUAUUUGGACUAAACUGUAGUAAUUGUCUGGGAACUGGAGAUAACCAGAGCACCAUUGUACCAAAGAAGCUUGAAAGCUUAUGUGGAAAGCGGAUUCGCAGUAUCAGUUAUGGAAGUGGGCCUCAUGUGGUACUCAGUACAGAAGAUGGUGAAGUUUAUGCAUGGGGCCAUAAUGGAUAUAGUCAGCUUGGAAAUGGGACCACGAACCAGGGUGUCACACCUAUUCAAGUUUGUACCAAUUUGUUAAUCAAGAAAGUAAUUGAAGUGGCUUGUGGAUCCCAUCAUUCAUUAGCGCUAUCCUCUGAUGGUGAUGUAUACGCCUGGGGCUAUAACAACUGUGGCCAAGUCGGGUCUGGAUCAACUGCAAAUCAGCCAACUCCUCGUAAAGUUUCCAAUUGUAUACAGACUAAAGUUGUGGUCAGCAUUGCAUGUGGCCAGACCUCUUCCAUAGCUGUAGUAGACAAUGGUGAGGUGUAUGGCUGGGGCUAUAACGGCAAUGGGCAAUUAGGUCUUGGCAAUAAUGGCAACCAAUUAACGCCUUGCCGGGUGGCAGCGCUCCAAGGUGUUUGUGUAAUGCAGAUUGCCUGUGGCUAUGCGCACACAUUAGCACUAACAGAUGAGGGUAUACUGUAUGCCUGGGGAGCUAACACUUAUGGGCAGCUUGGGACUGGCAACAAAAGCAACCAGCUAAGCCCAGUGCAGAUCCUGAUGGAAAAAGAGAGAAUUGUAGAGAUUGCUGCUUGCCAUUCUGCUCACACUUCUGCUGCCAAGACACAAAAUGGUCUAGUCUACAUGUGGGGUCAGUGCCGGGGCCAGUCAGUGGUUCUCCCACAUGUGACCCACUUUUCUUGCACUGACGAUGUGUUUGCAUGUUUUUCUACGCCUGCUGUGAUGUGGCGUCUUCUCUCAGUAGAGCAUGAAGACUUCCUAACAGUGACAGAGUCCCUGAAAAGAGAAUUUGAUAGCCCUGAAACCUCGGAUCUAAAAUUUAGAGUAGAUGGAAAGUUCAUCUAUGUACAUAAAGCUGUCUUGAAAAUCAGAUGUGAACACUUCCGUACUAUGUUCCAGUCGUACUGGAAUGAGGAUAUGAAAGAAGUGAUAGAAAUAGACCAGUUUUCCUAUCCAGUAUACCGUGCUUUUCUUAAGUACCUGUACACAGACAGCGUUGACCUGCCACCUGAAGAUGCUAUAGGGCUCCUGGAUUUGGCUACAUCAUACUGUGAAAACAGAUUGAAAAAACUGUGUCAGCAUCUUAUCAAAAGAGGAAUCACGGUGGAAAAUGCUUUCUCAUUGCUCUCUGCAGCAGUGCGCUAUGAUGCAGAGGAUUUAGAAGAAUUCUGCUUUAAGUUUUGUGUCAAUCACUUGACCGAAGUCACUCAGACAGCAGCCUUUUGGCAAAUGGAUGGUUCUCUGCUAAAGGAAUUCAUUGCUAAAGCCAGUAAAUAUGGAGCAUUUAAGAACUGAAAGAUAUUAAGGUCCAAAUGGUACAGCUAUUGCUGGUGUGAUUUCAUGCACUUCUCUCUCAUGAUUAUCAUUGAGAUAUAUUACAUGUUGUAUAAAAUUAUUUGUUCUUCGGCUGGACUUCUACAGGAGCUCCAAAUCAAGCACUUAUUAUUAUUAUUAUUAUUAUUAUUAUUUUGGCUUGGGGGGCUCUACCUAGCUGGAUGUUUCUGUUGGACAGCUUGGGGGCAGAAAGAAGAAGAAUUAAGAGGGAUGAAGAAAGAGACUAUAAGAUUCUGGUGCCAGAGGUUAGGCUUCUCCAAUAGUGACCUAGUAACGUAUCAGUGGUAACUCAUUUCAAGUAUUACUAAGACAGCUGGCAUUGAGACACUUCUACAAACUGAAUUAUGUGGAAGUGGGAAAAUUAUGUGGAAAAUUUCAAUCUUAAAUUAAUGUCUCCAUUCUAUAUAAUAAAAAAUUUACCACUUGAAAGGAGGGUGUCUAAUUAUGAAAAGCCUGGGUUGUACAAAGGAUUGCUUGUGUCCUUGCUAAGAUUGUGAGUAUUGCUAUUUGGUCCAUACUUUUCAUACUGCUUGGUUUAUUUGGACACAUUUGGAAAAGGGCUUGGGUAAUAUGAAGGUUUCAGUAAAAGGCUUGGUAACUGGUGAAUUUAACUGUAAUUAAACUGUGCAGUGAUUUUUAAGUGUAACUGGUCAUUUUAACUGUAAUAAAAUUGAUGGCGUAGAGAUUGAGAAAUUGAGAAGCACUUAAUAAAACAAAACUUGACUUCAUAAAACUGACUGCCUAUUGGGGACAGCUUGUUUUUUAAGAUGUUGUAGUCAAAUCCACAUUGCUUUUUUCUGAUUUUGUUGAUGCUUGAUUUUGUUGCCUUCCCUUUGCCUGUUGAGUCACUGAUUCAAUUGCCUAUAUAACUAAAUUUAAGUCAAAAAAUUAACCUUAGCUGAAUCUCCAGCCUGCGUUAGAGGGACAGACUCAGUCACUCUUUCCUCCACAGUUUACUUCUAUUUCUGCUUCUUCUUUCUCAUUCUCAUAUGUUCCCCCCACUGCCUCCAUUAUUUUAUGAAAUUAAACUAUGAAUGUGUUUUGGGUAAAGGGAUUGCACAUCUAGUUGGAAGGGCAAAAUAAAACAAAACCUGCCAGUGAUGGGAAAAGGUUCAACAGAACAGAAAAAGAACACUGGACUUUGAACUUCUGCAUCAUUGGCUGCCAUGCAGGGAAUAAUCCAUGAGAUCCAUGAGUAUGUGGAUUGCUACUCUGUGCAUCCAGAGAAUGAGCCUCAAAGGUCAUCUAGACCAAACCUCUGGAUAUAGGAAGAUUGUUGCUACAUUAUUGUUAUCCAUGCUUUAGCACUAUCCAGGCCAAAUUGAAGCACUCCAGGACUUCCUGAUGGUGAGCUGUUUUGACAGUGGAACACGCUGCCUCCGAGUCGCCUUCUUCAGAGGUCUUUAAACUGAGGCUGGAUGGCUGUCUGUUGGGGCUGGGGGGCUUUGAAUGUGAGUUGCUGCAUGACAGAAUGGGAAUGGACUGGGUGGCCCUUGAGGACUCUUCUGACUCUGUGAUUCUACAAUCUACAGCUACUUUUAAAGAUUAUUCAGAAAUAAUCUUAAGUGAUUUGGAUGCAGGUUGCUCCCAAGGCUGACCUUUAGUAAUCUGUCCACAAGUGCCCUAAGUGUUUUGUCCAAAGUUUGUAUAAUCUGAACACUUUCCCAACUACUUAUGAGGUGGGGGGGAGACAGGUUUUCUUGGGCACGUUACAGAGCGCCCAAGAAGGGCACUCUGCCGCCGCCAGUUGCUACGUCCAGGAACUGCAGCGGCCAAACCGCAUGGUUCCUGGACGCAACAAGAAAGAAGUGCUGAAAUGGCACUUCUUUCUGGGCCCCAGAAGUGGCGCCGUGAGGCGCUAGUCGCACACUUGCGGUGUCGCUUCCGCCGCGCGACAUCCUGACGCUAUGCGUCCACAACGUCAAAAUGGCGGCCCCCGUGUGGACGGGCGCCGCCAUUUUGUAUGGGCUCAGUCCGUAUUAGGGUUGUCAAACUAACACGCCCCUUCUCAACCCUAACACGCCCCUUCGGCGCAUCUGUAAUGUGCCUUAGUAUCCCAUUUAUCUAAUUUUACUGGACACAAUUAUUAAUUUUUUUAACUAAUUACUAACUGGGCAAAUAGCAGCUUUUCAUCUGAAAAACAGCUGUACUGAAAAAGAUUAAAUGUUCUUUCAGCUCUUCAUGAGAGCCCACACAUCUACUUUGUAAAAACUGAAGAGAGAUUAUGACUUCACAUGUCCUAGCAUUACAAACAGGCCCUUUGUAAAGGUUACUAUCCUUCACACAUCCUCCCAUAAGUAUAUGUGCAUGGAAUUGCCAGCCACAGGACGCCCGUUUUUCUUUUUUAAAGAGUUUACAUCGAAUGAGAGGAGCUGCAUUUUUUUUCCUCUCCAUAAAACUCGAUUGGGCUGAGCAGAGUGCUGCCCCCAAGGAUGUUUUUGUGGUCUCUUUAUGUUCCCUUUUUUCCUGCCAAAAACCAAAAUUUUAAAGGUAAACACCCUCUUCUGGAAGCACACAGGAGCAUUUUAAGAAGCUAUUAUAUUAAUAGCAUAUUUAUUAAUUAAUUGGCUGUAGCACCCCUUGAACUGUUUAAUGUAUUUCUGCCCCCCCCAAAAAAAAAACAUAUCCUUGAUAUCCUAGAAUAUCAACUUUGCCUUCAUGACUCACAAGCUUGUAAAAUAAAAGACAUCCGCCUACUGGAGUGAA